AUGGCCAGGAGAAUCACCUCCUUCCUCAAGAAUGUCUGGGCCAAGGAGCCGGGGCUAGUGGCAUCCUUCACCAUGGUGGGGGGGAAGGGGCUCGCUAUUAUUCUGCCUGCACUCAGCCUCUACACCAAGUACUCCAUCAUGAUCAACCAGGCCACACCCUACAACUACCCAGUGCCCCUCCCAGAUGACUGGAACAUGCCUGAUGUGCCCAGCCACCCCCAGGACCCCUGAGGCCCAAGCUUGGAGUGCCUGAAGAAACUGUGGUCUCCUCC